GCCUUUGAACCGAAAAGGAAGUUCACUGUCACUUUGCGUUUGUUGAUAAGUGCCGAUAACUUUAUCAGUUAUCAAAGUGGAAUAACAUUACACGUCUUAAUAAAGUAAUUACACUAUCAGUGCCAGCAUAACGCUAAAUUAAGACGGUUGUUGCAUUUUAUCAAAUAAUUAACCUAUAAAUUCCGUAAUGGCCUUAUCGAAACCGAUCAUGAAUUUGGUGGCAUCAUACUUGCAAAACCUGUAUUUGAAUCCUAUUAAAACAAAGGCAAUCACAAGCUGUGUUGUGGGAUCAGCAGCUAGCAUUGUGUCACAAGUUGUAGCCGGAGACUGCGUCAGACUUGAUCCAGUCUUAGCUUUUGGAUUAUACGGGUUAUUAUUUGGUGGUACAAUCCCCCACUACUUCUACAACAUAGCAGAGAGACUGUUUCCCGAAGAUGUAGUGGCCUUCCCUCUAGCAAAGAAGCUAUUAUUUGAAAGGCUGGUAUUUGCUCCGUUCAUGCAGGCCUUCUCGCUCUACACCUUGGCCAGGUUUGAGGGCAAGAACCACUCCGCUGCCGUUAAACAGCUGUAUGCAUUGUACUCAACGGUUUUGGAAGCCAAUUGGAAAUGGUUGACACUGUUCCAAGUUAUAAAUUUGGCAUUUGUGCCUCCAAUGCUGCGAGUGCUGUUCAUGAAUUUAGUUGGUUUCGGCUGGGCAAUGUUCCUGGCUACGAAGAGACGCCAACGCCAACAGAAGGAGGAAAGAAAGGAGUAAUAAGUAAAACUAGUAAUGAUACUAUAUGGUGGGGGCUUUAAACAAUGGCAUCAAAUGUCAUGCCUUAUUAUUCUGAAGAUAGUUAUACCUGUUGAUGACUUUUAUACAUUGUGGGACCAUGUUAUUGGUAAUAGGACUAGCAAUUCUAGAAUAUCAAACAGGCCAACUAAGGUGUUAGCUCUAGGUCACAACUUUUAUAUGUUAAGCAAUUGGUUUACAAACUUAUUAGGCCUUUGGUUGUUAAGAGAUAAAACAAAUAAAUAUCAGACAAUCACUGAUUAUCAAUAAUUACAUAAAUAGUUGGCAAUAUUAAUAUCUCAAAGAAAAUAAUUAUCACUUAUCACGCUUUUUAUCGGAAAUCCUAUCUUCUUUAUCAUGUUAGAACAUAAGUUUUAAAAGUCUAUGAAUGUUAUUAUUUUUCUACUCGUUUUAAGAUAAAAUCAUGUCAUGAUAAAACUGUUGACACUUACAGGGAUUUUAAUAUUGAUGUCAAAUAAUGGUUACUUAAAUUUAAAUCAAAUGUUUGGCGUCCAUAAGUGGAACUAAUGAGUGAGCUUUGUGACUGAAAUAAUUAUUUUUAAAAUCUAUUUUUUUGCAUAAUCCUCUUAGUAAGUAUUGACCAUUCCAUUGGAGUAAUGUUAUUAGUGCUGAGUAUGGUAAUUCGCCAUUAACUGGCCGCCGGAAACCGAAAAUGAAUUCUAUUCACCUAUAAAAUAGAAUUCAUUUUAGUAUAAGGUGGCCAGUUAUUGAAACCCUAUUACUAAAAUGAAUUCUGUUUAGGUGUCGGUGAAUGGAACUAAUUUUUAGGGCGGCCAGUUACUAAAACCGGCCAGUUACUGGCGAAUUACCCUAUAUAUACUUUUAUUGCUGUUAUUGUCAUAGUAAUUCUAGUAUGUAAGUAUAUACAUACUUAUGGAAUAUGUUUUUUGCUGUUAUUUCUAGUGAUGCGAGGGAACAAUUCCGUGCUUAAGAAUUAGGUUAGCUAAGAAAUGUUAUAAUAAUGAAACAAAUGGCUAAAUGGAAUGUAUUUAUUUGACAACAGCAAUUGGAUCCAUUAUAUUUUUUAUGUAUUUGUCUACCCACUUAUUUGAGAAAUUGUUUCAACUUAUAUUACGGUGGCUGGCAAUACCAACUCAUUAUUUAUGGUGCAUUUAUUGAGAUUCGUUAUGUUCAAAUACUUAUAUUUUAUUUAUUAUCGUGUAUAUCAUACAAUACAUUGUAUUUUGUUAUAA